UUUAUUUUUAGGUCUUAACAAGAUUUGUUGCUUUUCAGGGCUCAUCAGUAAAACGAUUCAAAACUAAACAAAAUGACUCAAGUUCAAGUUUGUACGAUGGUGAUAGAAGAUAUUCAAGUUCGUACCAUAGUGAUAUGAGAUAUUCAAAUGGAAGUUUCUCCAGCUCCUCUCCGUCCUCACACAACAGUUCCUACGAACCAGCACUAGUAGGAUAUCAACUGGUGGGAGACAGCCAGUUCUGCAGAUUCGGUCAGCAGCUGUUAGGACUUCGGAGGGUAUCCAUGCCAAAUUCACCUGGGCGGAUAGGAAUCUGUGUCAGUGGUCAGACCAUAACUGAUCUACACAAGAGAGUGAAAGAAAGAUUUUACCCAAUUUCCGACAAAAUCAUACUUAUGAUUGGAACAAAUGACUUUUUGAGGAACUUAGAUGUAUCGAUCAUGUGCAAGGAACUGUCCGCACUCAUCGAAACACUACAGGAGACCGUAUCAAACAUUGUUCUGUUGACUUUGCCUCCGAUACCUAAACUGGAGAAAAGACACAGCUCUCGCCACUUUGCUCUCUUAGAGAAAUACAACAGCUACAUACGUGGCCUGGAGAAUGGAGACAAUGUAAGGAUAGCCGAUGUUAGCCCGCUAUACAUGAGCUCUCUCCCAUACCAGAAAUGCCGCAUGCAUCUGUUUGAACUAUUUUUCUCGGGCCCAGCAAGAAGACCGGACUUGAUACACCUGAAUCGGCAAGGUCUUGAACUAAUACGUAAAUAUAUCCUUGACAACUUUUUAUGAAAUCAGAUUAGAGUUUAGUCUGUAUCAAAUUAGAUUUGAUAUAACUGAACACUUAAUAUUGGAAUAACAACAUAGCAAGUCUAUGUUACUGUUUUAUGUUGAUAAAUAAAACAGCAAGUAAAAUAUAUUACUAAUUCGUCAUUGGAAAGAGGGUCAAUCAUAUUGUUAGUUUUGACUGGUAAUUUUAUUUUAGAUGAUCUAUUUCAAAUAUUAAUUGUUGAAUUGUGUUUUGAAGAGUUCUGUUUCAUAUACUUUUAUUGCUAUAGAGUGAAUUUAAUUUUUUUACUACUUUUAAUGAAUGACAAAAGAGAUUUAGGCUCAUUAGAAAGACUGCAAUUUUUUUCAAAGUGAGUUAUAUCCAAGUUAUAGGAUUUAUUUUUGUUGUCAUCAAGUGUUUAAAUUUAGAAUGAGUAGAUGGACU